AAUAAUUUGCUUUUCUUGUAUCGUCAAGUGAUAGCAUACGAUUUAUUAAGGCUUACUCUGACAAACGAGCUUUACGUACAGUAAAUUUCAGUAUUUAUUGUAAGUUUAUAUAACAUUUCUCAUAUUUAAGUGUACGGAAAUUAACCCCUCAUGUUAUUUACCGUACUCGGAGUAGUUGCUCUCUUCCUGAGAGAAAGAAACAUCAGUUCCACCGUCUCAGGUCAAGAUGAAAGCUUCGACCGUCAAGAAGGAUUGGUCACAGAACCCCCUGUGGCCAACAGUGAUGGUCGAGAAAUCGGUGACUGGUGUGAAGAAUCAUCUUUGCAAGAGCCUGACAGUGUUCACGGUGAAGAACCAUCACUGGUAGAGCCUGACAGUGUUCACGGUGAAGAACAAUCACUGGUAGAGCCUGUCAGUGUUCACAGUGAAGAACCAUCACUGGUAGAGCCUGACAGUGUUCACGGUGAAGAACCAUCACUGGUAGAGCCUGACAGUGUUCACGGUGAAGAACCAUCACUGGUAGAGCCUGACAGCGUUCACGGUGAAGAACAAUCACUGGUAGAGCCUGACAGUGUUCACGGUGAAGAACCAUCACUGGUAGAGCCUGACAAUGUUCACGGUGAAGAACCAUCACUGGUAGAGCCUGACAGUGUUCACGGUGAAGAACCAUCACUGGUAGAGCCUGACAGUGUUCACGGUGAAGAACCAUCACUGGUAGAGCCUGACAGUGUUCACGGUGAAGAACAAUCACUGGUAGAGCCUGACAGUGUUCACGGUGAAGAACCAUCACUGGUAGAGCCUGACAGUGUUCACGGUGAAGAACAAUCACUGGUAGAGCCUGUCAGUGUUCACAGUGAAGAACCAUCACUGGUAGAGCCUGACAGUGUUCACGGUGAAGAACCAUCACUGGUAGAGCCUGUCAGUGUUCACAGUGAAGAACCAUCACUGGUAGAGCCUGACAUCAGCUCCUACAGCAGCUUCUUUUCAGCCAAGUCCGGCUGUGGUGAUGACACCUCUACCAAUUUCGAGUCUGCCGAGUCCGGCUGUGGUGAUGACACCUCUACCAAUUUCGAGUCUGCCGAGUCUGGCUGUGGUGAUGACACCUCUACCAAUUUCGAGUCUGCCGAGUCCGAAAAGCUGAAGGAUGAAGACACACACAUCAUUGAGAUCAACUCACAGCACUAUAAAAUUGGUGCUGAGCUGGGCAAAGGAGGCUUUGGAACCGUUUUUGCCGGGACCCGUUUAGAAGAUGGCCUUCAAGUGGCAGUAAAAAUAGUCGAUUCCAAGGCUAUGCGACUCAUCAAAGUUGGUGGGUUUGAAAAACCUCUUCCAUCAGAGAUCGCUCUGCACUAUCUCGCCACUAAAGGCCCCAGGGUUAAACAAAUUGCUGAGCUUCUGGACUGGAAGGUGGAGGCUGAACGUUACAUCAUAGUCGUGGAGCGGCUCAUACCCAGUAUGAACUUACGUGAAUUUUUAAUCGACAACAAAGAAGACACCCCUGAGGACUUGGUACGGAAAAUCAUGUUCAACGUAACAAUUGCAGCUCACACGUGCUGCCAACGCGGAGUGUUUCACAGCGAUAUCAAGCUGGAGAACUUGCUGAUAAAUCCGGAGACCUUUGAAGUCAAACUGAUUGACUUUGGGUGCAGUGUCCUCCUUACUAAAGACUGUUACCAUCACUAUUCAGGCACAAGACUUUUCGCCCCUCCCGAGUUUUUAAACACUGGCAGAUACCAUGGGGAGCCAGCGACAGUGUGGUCACUCGGGAUUCUUCAGUUUUUGCUAUUGUUUAAAAAAUAUCCAGUAGUAGUUGACCUCUUCAAGUUGCAUAACAGAGACAUAGAGUUUGCCAGAGGGUCAAAAGGUGAGAUCUUCUCUUCAGUUACAGAUGGUUGUGUAUAACAAUUUGAAUGUCAAUGAAAAAAGCAUGUUUAAACUUCAAGCCAAUAUUUACAUGUACUGUAUUUCUUUCUUUUCAGAAUGCAGGGAUUUCAUCUGCGCUUGCCUGCAGUUGAACAUCAACAUUCGAAGUAAACUGCAUGCUCUCCGUGCCCAUGCCUGGUUUAAGGUGAUUAAUACAUUUUGAAGAUUUUGACAAUAGUCAAAUGAAUCUGUCAUGAGCUGAGUUUCCAUCCUGAUGUGAAGCACAAUGUGAAGUUCACUAAAUAUAUAUUUAUAUAUUUUGUAAUUUUAAAUAAGAAUUAUGACCAAAUAAUUUCCAUCAAGUUGGUCGAGCAGCUGAACUGUAGUAUUGGUAACCUCGUAACCAACAGUAAACAAGGGAAGUAUAAUUGAGAAAUGUUCGCUACAUCAAAGUUCAUUUGACAAAUGCUUUUCCAUCAUGAACCCUUUUUCACACAAAUCCAAAAUGACCUCAAGUGAGCAUAAAACAUUUUGUGAAUUAAGGGAUUCUCAUUUAAACUUGUUUCUCAUGUGAUUCUUAAAAAGGUGCAUCCACACAGGCUGAUGGAAACCCAGUUAGUGUCAGACGACAAUCCUGUGUUCUUAAACUUCUUUUUUUUAAUUGACAUUUAUUGCUUUUCUUUUAAUGAUAUGUUGUUUGUUUAAUGCAUUAAAGCUGUAACCUGAUCACUGUUUUUGUUUCAGGAGGAGAACAAGGAAGAAUGAGUAGAAAUAUCCUAAUUUAAUGGGUAGAUCUAGUCAUUCCAGCCACACCAUGGUCCUAUAGCUGAAAAAAAUUUUGUGUAAAAAAAAAUAAACAAAAAAUUAAAAAGCACUUAACAGUUUAGA